AUGUCACGACACCGCGCCGUGCGCAAUCUCGAUCUCGACGAGGAGCUCGCAGAAGACGACUACUACGAUGAAGAUCCCUAUGAGAAUCUCUCGCCCGAGGACAAUGAUGCGAUGACCGAGGCGUACUCGCAAACGCUCGACGUGCUCGGACCCACGAGCACCAACGGCUUCACGGAGCGCGAGAUCAAGGACGUCCUGUGGGACGCCUACUUUGACGUUGACACUGCCGUCACGCAGCUCGUCGAAGAAAAGAGCAGGCGCGAAGCCAAGGCUGAACGCGACCGUCAAAAACAAGCAGACGCGUCCUCGCUGUAUGACGACGAUGGCGCCACCGUCGAGGCUUUCAAGGCGCUGUCGUUGCAGAGGGAUCGAAGAGCUGAGAUCCGUGCAGGGCGCGGCAUGCCAAGAGGGCGGGCCCAGGGACUUCGAGGGCUCGCGACCGGCGGCCGAUCCGGCAUGGCCAAACGCAACCUCGCUGGGUUGGCACCGGACUUUGUGCGAGAUGCGCAGCCUCCAGCUGCCUCAGCUCCGCAGAAGCCGCUUUCCAAACUCUCGGCACUGGCAGCACGGUCGAGCGCCAAGCGCCCUGCCGAAGCUCCUCCCGCAAAUGCUGCAGAACGGCCGCGCCCUGCAUCACCAGCUUCGAGCGCUUCCUCUGCUUCAAACGCUGCCCCUGUGGCUGGCACUAGCCGACCCAGCAAGCUCGCCGCGCUCGCAGCGGCGCGCAAUGCUUCGGCGUCGUCGGCCGUCAAGCCAGCGUCCGCGCAAUCGCAGAAGGCAAGCGAGGCUGCCCCGGCAGCGACCGCUUCCAAGCCGCUUACGAAGCUGCAGCAGCGUAUGGCGGCCAACCGUCAGCAGCGUGAGGCGGCAACGCCAGAAGCGAUCGAGGCGGCGGCAGCCGCUGCUGCAGAAGAGGAAGCUCAAGCUCGCCCGCAGACGUGCUACGGCUCGGAUCUACCCAUCUCGUCCCUGUUCCCCACCGAGCCGUCCCCAACCGGCGCACAGUCGAAUGGGCGCGAGAAAUCGAGCGCGUCCAUGGCGCCCGUCAGUGUCAUCGCCGGCUCGUCCAAGGACGCUACCGACCAGCUCGUUGCGCCGCUGGCGCGGCUCAAGCCGGUACCUGGCGGAUCGCCGUUCGCGAUCUAUGGUCAGGCCGCGGCGGAUGAUGCGUCGCCGCAGAUCGAGCUCGUCAGGAAGGCCUUUGCUGGACCGAGCCCGGACGACGUGAAAGCAGCAGCAGCAAGUGCGUCGACGCCAGCGUCCGGUACAUCGACGCCGUUGCACCGCAAAGCAGCAGUUGGGCAGGCCGCCAAAGCAGCCGCAGCCGGCAGCGGCAAGCAGGGCGGUACGAGUGUGAGCCAGCUGCGCAACGAGAUCGAAUCGCUCGGCAUCCACGCGGGCAGCAAGGCGGCCUCGUCAGCCGGCUCAGCAAGCAGCGCCAUCCAGAGCGCGGUUACGACGCCCGUCGGCAUCGCACACGAGCGCAUCAUUGACGAGUACCGCCGGCGCGAAAGGGAAGGCAAGGCGGAGCUGAGCCUGGUGGUCGUCGGCCACGUGGACGCGGGCAAGUCGACGCUGAUGGGACGCAUGCUGCUGGAGCUCGGUUCGAUGUCGCAGCGCGAGUACUCGAGCAACGAGCGUGCGUCGCAGAAGAUCGGCAAGGGCAGCUUUGCGUACGCUUGGGCGCUCGACUCUUCCGAGGAGGAACGCGAGCGUGGCGUGACGAUCGAUGUGGCGCAAGACCACUUUUCCACGGCGCACCGCACGUUUACGCUGCUCGAUGCGCCCGGACAUCGCGACUUUAUUCCCAACAUGA